AUGUCGUUUGAUCCAACCACCGAUGAAUGUCAUCGAGCGCAACUCCUCCCGACAGACGAGGAAGGCGACGUCAACGAACAAAGGCGAUCGCUCGUUGAUUCGGAUGCCGACAGCGACAGUGGGAGCGAUGUUGGCAGCGGCAGCGGCAGUGGUAGCGACUAUGAACGCGUCGACGAUAAACCGCAGUACUCUGAUGGCGAAAGUUUCAUGAUGUCAAGCUCGAAGAAGAUGGAGUGCCAACCCAUAAACCACUACCGAUCAAUGCCACGCCGGUGCAACAGUUGCCAGAUCGUCACCCUCGUCGCGGUCGGCUUGCUCGUGGUGGCCACGUUGGUCAUCGCGGCGCGGUCAUUGCUCGAGCGCUCAGCUUGGACCUCGGAGAUGGAAUUGGUUGCGGAGGAACUCGGGCCCGUGCUACAGGAGGAAGAUUUGGACGUGGUCGGCGAUUUUGCAUCCGAAGAAGAGUUCUACGCGCAAUAUCUGUGGAAAGAGCACCCUCCGCACAAGAGUCUGCUCAACGUGGUGCGGACACUCGACAAGGUGGGUCGGCAACUGGGCUCUGCAUGUAUGAUGCGACGCAAUUUUCGUUGCCGACGUCUUUGAUGUCCUACAGGAUGAACAACGGAUACGAAAUUGGAUCAUCGAAACCAGGCCACGGUCCCAAGCCGGCACACCGAUCGGCGUCAGUUCGAAAUCGAGCAGAACUGAACCGACCAUCAUGAGGGGUCCGGCGAUGAUCAAGGUCGGCAGUGGGCCGGGGGAGUACAGGACCGGGUCCAAGGCAAAGUAAGCUGCUGUGAAGGUCACCCCCCCCACCCCCCCCCCCCGCAACAGGCUCCGACCCAGGUUUUCUUCGCGUUCUAUUUUACAGGCAUCAAGCUCUUGUACAGGAGUGGGAAACGGGCCGGCCUUCACGUGAAUGCAAAGGCACGCCUUGGGGAGAGGCCUACGGAGCCAUGCAUCGCGAUGUCAUCAAUGGGGUAAUUCCACCCAAGGUCAUGAUUGCCUCUUGCAAGAAGGGACAAAUCUGCGGCGGCACAGCAGAUCGGUUAGUCCCAGCUCCAGGUGCUCAUCGCAUCACACCGAGCUUUCGGCCGAGACUAAUCGGCGUGACGGAUCUCUGUUGCACUCGGCGCUGCUCAGAUUCUUUGGCCUUUUCACAAGCUUCCUCUACGCCAUUCUGACGGACCGGGCCUUCUUCGUCGACUGGACCGACUGGCCGUUCGAGGUCUUUGCCGACGCUGUAAAUAUCGAUUGGAGCCGGCCGUUGACCCUCACCACCAACGAGGCAACACACCCCAAGCUAGGCACGCCGACUUCGCAGAUCAGCUUGAGGAACUUUCAACGCCCGAUGGAGGCGCUUGACGAGUUCCUCCUCGACACCGUUUGGGGCAAACAUCGCGACGAGCCCAGCUGGGUCGAGGUCAGUAGUCCAAGCGUCGUCUUGCUGCGCUUGCUCGUCGGUCGAGGCAGUUUGUCCUGAAACGGCCGCUAGAACUCUGCACAGAUCAACACGAACCGAGGAGGCGCGUUUCGCUCGUUCAACUACACCGAGAUUGCACCCCUUCUCAAGGACAAGGGGUUCGAGUAUGCCUCGGUCUACGCUUGCAUGACCGACUACCUCUUCACGCCCAAGGCGAGCGCGCAGCGCUACAUGGUGCAAUACUCGUCGCUGUUUGUGCUCCCUUCCGUGUUUUCGGUCGCGAUGCAGAUCCGGACAGGGGAUGCCAAUAUGGUGAGUUAAAAGCCUCUCCGUUGCUCAAUGAGCGGCCGACAUGGUCGAUGGCUGACCAAGGGGGUUGGGAUCGGUAUUUGUCUUUCGCCACUCCAGGAAUCCGCCGAUGCAGACUCGCACAUCUCGGUCGAGUCGCACCGACGGUUCUUCGUCUGCGCGGAACAACUCGCGGCUAAAUACGCGAAACCAGGCCAAAAGAUUGUCUACUACCUCGUGUCGGAUUCCGAGCACCUCAAGCAGGACGCGAUGGCCAAGUACCCCGACCGCAUCGUCACCACGGGCUUCACCGCGACGCAUCCCGAGAUCAAGGGUGCCGAUCAAAGCCAGUGGCACCGACAGAAGCAUUUGCUCGAUGGGACGACGCAGGUGAUGGUUAGCAGUUGGUUGAUUAGCAGUGAGCUCAAUCAGCCUUCUGUUCACAUAAGACCAGUAGACCCUUGUUCUGAUUCGUGCUCUCAUUGUUGCAGAGACGGAUUAUCAAAUCGUGACCUAUGAUUCUGGAUUUGGAAAGCUGCGUGAGUAACGUUCACCUAAGGAUGCCACAGCGACGGCACUCGUAAUAACAGGACUGACAAGAAUGCUUCGUGUAUUUACUCUGACUAUGUCCAUGCCUCGUUACUAGCCGUCUUCGAAAGCGGUCGCGAAAGACGAACCGUUCAGCUGGCCAAGAAGAUCACCAGUAGCGCCGCCAUGCCCGAUUGUACGGAUCCCGCUGUGUGAGCACCUUACAUCAUCGUCUCUCGAGCCUGUGCUGGUUCAACGAGACCGUACUGAAUUAGGUUCGAACCCUUGUGUCGGGAUCUAGCUUCGCGUCAUUCGAGUCGCUGGCGUCGCGGUGGUCGUUUGGGAAGUAG